CGGUAGGCAUCUAGAAUGAUCUAGUGUGGACAGUGCACAGUGCUGUAGCCUAUGAGCGACGUGGAGGACACCAGAGAGGACGAUCGCAGGACUUUACGAUCGGCUAAAGGACCGGUAUCCCAUGUGUCUUUAGGACCGGAGGGUGAUAGGAAACUGUUCCACCGACAAAGAGAAAGGAGAGCUAGAGCAGCCGAGGCCAGCAGGGCUUUUGCUAGAAAGGCCAGUGCUAUAGCAGCCAUGGCUACCACAACCAUGAGCACGUCUGCGCAGCAGACUUCCCAAGCCGGAAGUUCAGGUACCGCCGGGUCCACGGUCGUGCAGACCGUGAGUCAGUCCACUGGCUUAAUGGCAAGCCAGCCCGCGGUGUUGUCCCCAGAGGAUGUCGCCAUCCAGCAGGCAUCCCUGCAAGAGGCACAGCUACAACAGGCAUUAGGAAAGAUAAAAAGGGAGAAAGAGAUAAUGAUUAGAAGAAGAGCCAGAAUGCAACAGAGAGGGACAGACAUAGAGGAGUUAGAGACGAUGGACCUGACGCAUAUGGAUGAGGAUGUGAAGGUAGUUAGGAGGGCCCUGGUAGGCGUAAUUGAGAUGCAGGAGCAUCAAACUACCCUUCUUCAGGACAUUCAACAAAGCCUAGCCGUAUUGGCAGGGCGUGCUCAGGCAGCACCAUCACCAGCAGGGCCUGGUGCCUGGUCAGUGCCAUAUCCUCCUCUUUCUGUUCCACCGGUGACUAGGGUAUCCCCAUAUGUAGCCCCUUCAUCGAUUGCUAUCGUUUCCCUGGGCAUGCCUCUGUCAGGAGGGGUAACAGCAGGGAGUAGUUUGCAGGUUCCUGUUCAGACAGUGUUUACUCCAAGUCCGUCACAGGUUGCAGUCACCACGCAGCCUGCUGUCUCGCAGUUAGUGCAACCUCAGGGCACACAGCCCCAGCAGCUGGCACAACAACCUGUAUCGCCGGGUCCACAGCCCGGGUGUAAACUCACCUUGCCACACGAAGAAGUGCUUGUGGCUGCUUCCUACCUGGAGGGUAGUGCAGCGAGAUGGUUGAGUGGGUUAGUGCAACUCCAGGGGUACGAUCAUGACUUUCGCUCUUGCGCAGCCUCUCAAAAAUUGGAGGACUUCCUGAAAAUGGUGGAAGACAGGUGGCAUGAUCCGCAGGAGGCUCAAAAGGUCACUGACGCGAUUCUGACACUGCACACGCGGCAGUUUAAGUCAGUAAGGGAUGCCACCGACGCUGUAGAGCGUUUGAUUUGUGUUCCAGGGGUACGCUAUGACCCCCAGGUCCUGCUAACUUCGUACCUGAGGACCUUAUCUCUGCCGCUCAGGAACCAAUUGGCGAAAGAGGCCAACAUUAAUAUGCACAAUUUUCCUUCGUUCAGCAAGGUGGCCCUAGACCUAGAAGCAAAGAUAGGACAUGGACAGGCACCCACUACGGAAGGGAGAAAGAAGACACUGCCUCCCAACUGGAAGGCGAAAGGUCGCAUUAUGUUUGUCGACAACGAUGGAUCAACCAUCGAGUUGGACGGCAACUUCCAGGAGGGAGUAGGUGCAGAGGCAGGCAGCGAUACUUCAGAGGGUGGAGUAGUCGGCACCGUAACCCAACAAAAAGGUAAAGGGACCGGUAGACGCCCUAGGGGAUCCCGAUCGAAGAGUCAAACAGACCCUAAUGCUCUUCCAUGGGAGAAAGCGGGUCUAGUUGAGGACGUGUCGAGAGAUCGGUGGGCACGACAAGCUUGUAUCAAGUGUGGCCAAUAUGGCCAUAACAUGUACAAGUGUCGCAAUAGGAAGGUCCCCGAGAAGAUCCCGCCCACUAUGGGGUCGGCAGUAGGAUCCUCUCAAACCGUUGGUAGCAACGUGUCAUUUCAAUAUAAGCGAGGAAGCAUCAUCGUCACAGCAUCUAUUAUCCCGCCGAACGGACAGGCUGCUUUUGCAAGUGGAAUGGUUGAGCAAAUCAAGGCUAUGGUCAUACAAGGCCUCUCCUUCAGUGAUUUCCCUUCGUUUCGUGUACUGCAACUCACCUCACCUAACAUCACAUCUCAAGACUGCACCUUACUGGAUAUAAUUGGAUGCCCUGAAGAAACAAUUCGCCGAGAAUGUGCUUGCAUAUCAACCCAGACAUUCAAAUUCCUUCUGCGGUUUGAUGCUGAUUACCAGCGAUUUAUGGCCAAUAUAGAAAUGCAGGAGCGCUUUCAGAGUGAAAUGGUCCAACAGCUGCAAGUGGAAAACACUCAGGUUACGUUCAACUUCACCGCAGGAAGCAUUUAUGUAAGAGUAGAAGUUAGCCCCCCUGCCGGCGAAAAGUUCUUCGAUUUCCCUGAUCUUCAGAAAAUGAAAGCUCUUGUCACGCAGCGCCUUCUUGUGUUCAGUGAUUUUGCAACCUACUCAGUGAUAGAAGUGGGGACCCCAACUGCUUCCAGUUCAGGGACUGGGCCUGGGACUAUCCAGUGGAGCGAUCCCAAGGCACCAAUUAUGAGGGUGGAUAGAUAUGGUAGGCUGGUGGCAUAUAGUGAUCAGUUCUCGGGCUUUGCGCUUGCAUGGGAAACUCAUUCCGGGGAGGAGUAUUUGUGCCGCCACACAGUGCGGGCCUCUGCCUUUGCAGAGGACAUUGCUCUGCUUCCUGGCAGAACGAAGGAUGAGGUUGCCACCGACCAGUACUUGAGUCGAAAGUUCGGAUUCAACUGGCGGAGCUGUACAGCAAACCGAACAAUGGCAGCAGCCCCAGGCCAGUACCAGUUCAUCGCACAAGAUCUCAUUGAAGGUUUCCACACAUUCUCAGUGGUACUUUCCACAAGCUUGAACUUCGAGCGGGACGCAGUUAAAUGCUUCUUCAAGAUGGGUACGGAAUCCAAUCCUGAAAAUGCCAAAAACAUCAGGAAACAGAAAGGCGAGCAUCCCUGAGAUGUUGUGAACUCUUGGGCUAGGAGAAGGAGCAUCUAUUUACUAGAAAAAUGUGGUGGGCAAAUGAAACCUUGGUUCGUCU